UAAGAUCUACAAAACCUUCCAAAAUAAGUUUUGUCCCAGGGGAGUAAAUACAGUGCACAGUAUGCUCAUUUUUAAGUUCAAAUCAUCUCUGUUUUCGUGCUCAACUCUCGCGCUCUCUAAUUUCCAGCUCAAUUCUCUUUCGCUCUCUUUAUCUUUUCGAGCUCAAUUCUCUCUCUCUCUCUCUCUCUCUCUCUCUCUCUCUCUCUCGUGCAGUUAUAAACAUGCCUUUUCACUCUUCGUUUUCUUACAGUUAGUAACAUGUCUGUCACUCUCUUCUUUCUUUACUAAUUCCUUUUUCAGCCCGAUAGUCCCUUCCUGUCUCCAGUCUCCUCUCUGUAUUUGUUAUUUGUACGAGAGAGAGAGAGAGAUGCAGUUGAACGAGAGGGAAGGCAUAGAAGGGUUAACAUUUGUUGUAACUGGAGGUGCAGGCUUUGUUGGGUCGGCCCUUUGCUUAGAGUUGAAAAGGAGGGGAGCCAAAGAUGUCAGAGCCCUUGAUCCUCGCACAAGUUCUCCAUGGUUCCAACGACUCAAGCAGAAUGGAGUUGUUUGCCUGUCUGUGGAUGUGAGCCAAAAGAGAGAUGUCAAAAAAGCAUUACGUGAGGCAGAUUGCGUUUUCCAUGUAGCAUCGUAUGGCAUGUCAGGAAAGGAAAUGCUCCAAGUUGGUCAUAUUGAUGAGGUAAACAUUACUGGAACUUGCCAUAUACUGGAUGCUUGUCUCGAAUUUGGCAUUAAGAGGCUCGUAUAUGUAAGUACAUACAAUGUGGUAUUUGGGGGCACUGAGAUAGUAAAUGGAAAUGAAGCAUUGAACUACUUCCUUAUUGAUGAUCAUGUCGAUGCAUAUGGUCGUAGCAAGUCUAUUGCUGAACAGCUUGUUCUGAAGAGCAAUGGCUGCCAUUCCAAGGAAAAGCAGGGAGCCAUACUCCAUACUUGUGCUAUUCGUCCAGCUGCUAUUUAUGGGCCAGGGGAAGAGAGACACGUUCCCAGGAUCUUAAAUUUAGCAAAAAUGGGUUUAUUGCCAUGUAAAAUAGGUGAUGAUAGCGUGAAGUCAGACUGGGUUUAUAUUGAUAAUUUAGUAGAUGCUCUUCUAUUGGCAAGCAUGGCACUUUUGGACGACAUCCCUGGUCGAGAGGGGCCUCCUGUGGCUUCUGGGCAGGCAUACUUCAUAAACGAUGGGGCUCCCGUCAAUUCUUUCGCGUUUCUCCGCCCGUUACUAUUAAGCCUGGAUUAUGACUUUCCAAAAUCCACGAUAAGCGUUCACCAUGCUCUUAUUUUGGCCCGGAUUUGCUCAUGCAUAUAUACUUUGUUGUAUCCAUGGUUAAAGUGCUCGUGGCUUCCUCAACCUUUGCUUCCUGCAGAAGUGUAUAAGGUUGGUGUGACCCACUAUUUCUCCCCAUUAAAAGCCAAGGAGGAGCUUGGUUAUGUACCUCGAGUGAGCCCUCAUGAAGGCAUGGCUGCUACAAUCUCAUACUAUCAGGAAAGGAAGAGGAAGGCGAUAGAUGGGCCCACCAUUUUCGCUUGGCUCUUUUGCAUAAUUGGGAUGUCUCUCUUGUUUUGCUCGGCCUUUAUACCCCAUCCUUAUCUCGGGCAAAUGGAGUGGGCUCGCUCCCUCCAUCUCUUUGUUUUCCGUUCACAAUUCCUACUGCGCAUUGUGUUUUUUGUAGCAGUUGCUCUCCAUGGAAUGGAGGCUGUGUACGCAUGGUACUUGGCAAGAAGAGUGGAUCCAUAUAAUGCUAAUGGUUGGUUUUGGCAGACAUUCUUGCUUGGCUUUUUCUCGCUUCGGUUCCUGCUGAAAAGAGCCAAGAAAUGAAAAAUAUUAUGUAGAACUGAUGUCUCUCAUGGGUGGUUUCCAGAUUUUUGUCUUAUAAAGGACUUUUGUGAACAUUAUGUGCAAAGAAAUGGUUAUGAUAUUAGAUAUAAAUGUGUCAUUAAGUGGAAAAUGUGGGAAGAAGUUGCAGCUAACUCUGGUUGACAACCCUCGGUACUUUGUUCAUUGUAGCUUGCAUGCCAGUUAGCUAGUGAAUUGGAAACCCCACAUAUAUUCUUGGUUCAUUUGUAAUUAUUUUUGUCCAGGGCAAUAUAUGUGUUUUCAGAA